AUAACAAGGCAUUUUCAGAUCACGUCUUCGUCACGAAGGACGUGAGGAGAACGGUGUUUCCCACUUUUGGCGGCCUCGAAGGAUAGCAAUAGCAUAAAUUUUAUUCUAUGUGAUUUCAACUUUAAACUCAAUACAACGUACAACGUAACAAGUGUUUAAGAGGAAGAAUUAGUUGUGUUGAUGUAAUAUCGUCAUCGGUGUUGUUUCUUUUUUUUCAUCUUCUUCGAGAAAUUUGAGUAGAAGUUCAAAUUACGUUUCAACGAAGAAAGUGAGAAGAGAGAUAGAUAGAGAGAGAAAGAGAAAGAGAGAGAGAGAGAGAGAGAGAGAGAGAAAUUAAUUAAUCAGCAUCUUCUUAGUCAACUUUAUCAUCAUUGAGAUUGUUCAUCGUUUAUUCUCGUUUCCUUUGAAUUUAUUCUUCACACUACGAAUUUGUAAUAAGUAUCGAAAGAUUGAUCAAAUAUGGGAUAUGGUACGGAGAUGGACGGUUGCGGCCGUUUUAUGAAGUAUUCUUUGUUCUUCACUAAUUUUAUUAUCUUUAUUGGCGGUGUUGUUAUAACUGGUUUAGCUAUAUGGGCAUUCGUCGACAAAGUACCUUACAUAGGUGAUUUGAUAGGAAACGAUUUGUUAACCGGUACAGUCUAUGUUUUAUUAGCUGGUGGAAUUUUGGUAUCUAUUAUCGCUUUCUUUGGAUGCAUUGGUGCAUCACGUGAAGUCAAAUGUAUGCUGGUCACAUAUUUCAUAAUCGUAUUCCUGCUGUUCGUGACAAUUCUUAUCGGCGGUAUUCUUGGCUAUGUGUUCAGUGAAAAAUUGGUUAACACGUUGGAACGUGAAAUGUCGGGUAGUUUGAGACUCUAUGAUCAUCGUAAAUCUGUUCGUGAUACCUGGGAUACUACUCAGGCCCAACUACAUUGUUGUGGUGUACAUACCUGGAGAGAUUGGGGCCUUCAUGGUCUUCGUGUACCCGAAAGUUGUUGUCGCGAAGUUCAACCUGGACAGCGAUUUAACUGCAGUGCUGGUACCGAUACAGUAAACCCAUCUAAUGCUUAUCUGGAAGGUUGCCUAAAUAGAACACAAAUUUAUAUGCAACAGCAUGCAGCUGUUAUGGGAGGUGCUGGUAUAGCUGUUGCAUGUCUUAUG